AUGCCCAAGUGUCCAAAAUGUCAGAAAGAGGUAUAUUUUGCCGAAAGGAAGACAUCAAUGGGCAAGGACUGGCACCCUGGCUGUUUGAAGUGUGGCAAAUGUGGCAAGACAUUAACACCUGGAAGCCAUUCUGAGCACGAAGGGACACCUUAUUGCACCAAGCCCUGUUACGCUAAUCUGUACGGACCUGAAGGCUUUGGCCGAGGUGGUACAUCGGGCGAGAAAGCGAACUAUGAGAAGUAA